GAUAAGGUAAGGCUUCUACAUUUUAUAUGAGUUACAUUUUCACAAGAAUUACUGCUGCUGCGCAACUGAGCAUUCUAAUGAAUUUAACUUCAAAUCUUAGUUCUGGUGAACCAAUACAGAAAGAGACGGACGUAUGAGUAGAAAAACUAUAUAUAAGUCAGAGCAAAUAUGUUGACUUUCGGGAAACAUACAACUUUGCUGACGUCAUUUAAAGUCUCGCAAGAUUGCAUAACCAUUUUGUUUAUUCAGCACCUUUAUAAAACACUUCGGAUACCAAAGUAUCACAAAGAAAUUUGAGUUCUUCAAUAAUGUUAUUGUUUUGGAAUGCUACAAGGGAAAAUAUUAUGUUUUAAAACUGAAACUUUCAGAGUUUGUUACUUUUUUUUAAAAAAACUUUCAAUUUUUUGGAAAUAAAACCCUUAUUUUAGGUAAUUAAAUGAGCGAUUACGUCUCUUUCUAGCGAUGAUAAUUCGUUCCGACGACGUUUACGCGUUCUGGCGAUGGUGACGCGUUCUGGCUAUGCUGAUGCGUUCUAGCAAAACCGUGCUUUUCUGAAAUACAUUUUUAAGUAUUUCGUUCAUGCCAAGUAUGUUUUUGUUUUGAAAAGGCACUGCUGUGAAGAUAAGAAGAAGUUCCAUUUCUCAUGCCUACAGCGACUUGGAAUAGUAAUUUAGAAGCAUGCGGAACAGAUGCCUAACAAUCCAACUAAAAAUAUUUGACGUUUUUCCCAUGAAUAUUUCGAGUGAGAGCAGUCAUCAUAAAGCUAUGUUGGAGGCCUGGGCAUUAGAGUCCAUCUUUGUUUGACAGUUUGUUUCAUGUUUUAAAUUUCGUUGCAAUAGACAACACGAAUGUUGGAACUAUAAUUAGCAACAAUUUUCGUGCAUGCGACAUUAACUUUAGCCAGCUCUCUUGUUUCCUUCCUGAGGCAAUUGUCAUCGAAUGAAAUUGAAGCUCAGACCACGUGAUUUAAUUCUAUUUUUUUUUCUCUUCGCUAGGUAAAGUAUUGCGCCCAAAGAAUUUAAAAUUGAUUGGUUGUCUAAUGAAAUUGGUGACGUCACUUGUGAUAUUCCUUAUUUGAUCUGGAUCGAGUUAUUCUAUUGGUUAUUUCGUGUCGUGGCAUUGUUUUGAAAGGUCAAGAAUCCAUUGCGAUAAUAGACAGCAAGAUAAGACACUGUCUUAAAUUUCUACCAUUGAGUCGACGUCAACACACGUCACCACAAUAGAAUGUCUUUUCUUCAUACCGUCACUGCUGACCAAUGCAGAGCUGAAGAACUACGAAAUGCAUGGAACUCACUAACCUUCGAUUUUUAUAAAAAACAGCAUCAAUCCACGCCAUCCAUCUACCAACGACAAAUUCUGACUCCACCUCUAACACCUGAUUCAAUUGGUUAUCAAAGUCGACAUUCCUCGGUAAGCAGUUAUACCACGACGCCGGAUUUUUUUGACGGACAGAGUUCGCGCCGUGAACAAACUAAUCAUAUCUUAGAUCACCGCACUGAUCAUUUAUAUCCAGCAAUGGAUAGCAUUCGGUGUGGACUUUUCGACUCUACUUCUCAGUGUUCAUGCUGUCCCACUAUGCCUCCAACUUUAUUACCUGCCGGAAAUGAAAUUUACGACAGAAAUAGUCUGUCGUAUCAAAAUAGGCGUCAUUCUGUUGCUGAAAUACGAAAAACCAUAGAAAGCAGACAGAACAUGAUGGUACCUAUGGAAACGAUGUUUGAUAUCAAUAAUAUCAACACCAGUAAUUCAUUGAAGCGGAAAAUACAAGAUGGCGACAAUAUUGACACAUCAAAGAAAACCAAGAGGGACGACGAAGUGGCAUGUCAAGUUCACGGUAUACUGAGUUUACCAGGAUGCAGAGAACCUAGGUACAAUAUUACGGUAGACGAACUGACCCGUCGCGUAAACCAACCAGAAUGUCUGACCAAAGUGGAUAUGAUUUCUUACGUACGUCUUGCAAAAAAUUCAGCACGGUCAUUGCUAGAUAAACAUCACAUUAAAACAAAUCAACACAAUCAGCGUUCAGAACAUACCGUGCUAUCAAAAAUGUGCGAAUCUGAAGCGCAGGUUCUUGCGAAAGGAAUACGAGAAAUCAAUUAUCGUUAUUUUCCAGGGAGCUGGUUUGCGCGGAAAUCUGUGGAAGAAAUUUCGAACAACAGCGCUAAUGAACGCCAACAACGUGAAGCAUUGAUGGAACGGUUGAAGGAGGAUGAAGUGACAAAGUGUGUUCUCCUGGAUAUCUACUUUGGUAUGGAAAAGAGGCGCGAAGAUAAGGAAAUGAAUAUCUUUAACUUAAUGUCACAUUCGUUUGGCGUGCCAAACUUACAAAAUCACAUUCUUUUUAUAUUAAGUUACAUUGAAGAAGAAUUAAGAAUUUUACGUAAACAUGUGAAUUAAAGUUAGUUGCAUAUCUUUCACGAAUUUGGUGGCGUCAAAUUGUCUGCUUUCAUGAUCGAGAUUGAAAUUUGAAAAGGAACUAGACUACCGACAAGAACAGUUUAACAACGCGACAGCGUUCAUCAACAAAAUCACCGAGGCUAGUCAUGUGUAGAUGUCGAUUCUUUUUUUCAUGAGGUUCUAAAGAUUUCGUAUGUUGUAGAUUGUAUAUUUAAGAAACAUUUUGAAUGAAAUUGUAAUAGGUAUAUUGACUUUGUUUACACACUAAGAAAGUUAUAGUUUAUUAUCUAUCA